GAUGGGAAACGGGAGAUGGGGAGUCUUGCUUGGCAUGGAAUGCAGUUAUAAUGAUCAGGGGAAUGAUCAAAGCCUGGGAAAGAGCUAAUGUGAAAGUGAGAACACAGAUGUGUAUAAGGGUUCUAGACACUGCUGAAGUGUGGUCAGGAACACUUGUUUGUAUUUGCAGUGCUAAUGUGAAAAGUGGAAGGGUAACAUUCACUUUAAGUCACUAUGAUGUUUGCUCACCCUCUACCAGAACUUAUGACUGCCUCUUCCUCCUGCCUCUCCGUUUCUGUUUAGCCUUCACAGGGAGACUUCAAAAGCAAGCAUGCUUGGAGCUAACCUCACCAUCAUCCACCCGACUGUGUUCAUCCUACUUGGAAUCCCAGGACUGGAGCAAUAUCACAUCUGGCUUUCUAUCCCUUUUUGUCUCAUGUACAUCACUGCAGUCUUGGGAAAUGGAGCCCUGAUCCUUGUUGUUCUGAGUGAACACACCCUCCAUGAGCCCAUGUAUGUCUUUCUAUCCAUGCUAGCUGGCACCGACAUUCUCCUGUCAACCACCACUGUGCCCAAGGCCUUGGCUAUCUUCUGGUUCCAUGCUGGGGAGAUCCUCUUUGAUGCCUGCAUUACUCAGAUGUUUUUCAUUCAUGUUGCUUUUGUGGCCGAGUCAGGAAUCCUGCUGGCCAUGGCAUUUGACCGCUACGUGGCUAUUUGUACUCCUCUGAGAUACUCAGCCAUCUUAACUCCCAUGGCAAUUGGAAAAAUGACCCUGGCCAUCUGGGGACGGAGCAUUGGGACCAUUUUCCCUAUCAUAUUCCUGCUGAAGAGGCUGUCAUACUGCAGGACCAAUAUCAUCCCACACUCAUACUGUGAGCAUAUUGGUGUAGCCAGGUUGGCCUGUGCUGACAUCACUGUCAAUAUCUGGUAUGGCUUCUCAGUGCCAAUGGCUUCAGUUUUGGUAGAUGUUGCACUCAUUGGUAUUUCUUAUACUUUGAUCCUCCAGGCUGUGUUUAGACUUCCUUCCCAGGAUGCCCGGCACAAAGCUCUCAACACCUGUGGCUCUCACAUUGGAGUAAUUCUCCUCUUCUUCAUACCAUCAUUUUUCACUUUCCUCACCCACCGCUUUGGCAAGAACAUCCCCCACCAUGUACACAUUCUUCUGGCAAAUCUCUAUGUGUUAGUUCCUCCCAUGCUUAACCCUAUCAUCUAUGGUGCAAAGACCAAGCAAAUUAGGGACAGCAUGACUCACAUGUUGUCUGUUGUGUGGAAGUCUUGAGAGCGGUCACAGUUCUCAAUGCUCUCUUACCAACAUGAGAAAGAGAACUUGCUGGUGAGUUCCCACA